UAAGGUUUUGGUCCAUUGGAAAGAGCACACAGCCGAACACUGCAGUCCAAGGAGCAUGCUAGAGAUGUGUGUUGCAGUGUGAAAUGUUUGUAGUCCAGAUGCAGCGCUUCCUGUCAUUACGAACAUAUGGAUUAUGAUACUGAGACCUCUUGACCUAUGUAAGUCAUAUGUGUGCCAGGGACGUCAUCAUGUGCCCAAACGCCAACUCUGGACAGCUCUAUAGAGACAUUAGCCUCACAGCCAGUUGGACGACAGGGCGAUGCCUUAGAACCAACUAGUUCCAUACAAUAAAUGACGGUUGCGACAAACUGUGACUAAGAUCUAUCAUGAGUCUCAGGAUCAAAUCUUUGUACCUCCUGGUGAUACUUUGGUCCUUUCAUUGCUCUGAAGCAGUUGUGUCCCAACCUUUGUUUCUGACACCAUAUCUUGAUAAAGGACGAAUACGAGAAGCGCAGAGUGACAGUCUGGUGAACUCUUCUUUGUUUGGGACAGACUUUCCGAAUGUCAGCCACUCAGGAUACAUAACUGUCAACAAAACCUUAGGAAAUCAUUUGUUUUUCUGGUUCUUCCCAUGUCUGCUAAAUACAUCCGCUCCUAUACUGGUAUGGCUAAACGGAGGCCCUGGUUUAUCAUCAAUGGUUGGACUAUUUUAUGAAAACGGCCCCAUAGAAAUCUGUAAAGAGGAGGAGGACUGCGAGUAUAAAAGCAGAAUACACUCGUGGACGAAAUGGUUUUCUAUGCUGUACAUAGACAACCCGGUGAAUGUGGGAUACAGUUUUAGUGAAAGUGGUCCAGCUGGUGAACGAUUAACUCAAGACAGUGUCAGCAAAGAUCUCUACUCAUUUAUGGAGCAGUUUUAUUCUUUGUUUCCUGAUUACAAAAAAAGAGAGCUUUACAUCGGGGGACAAUCUUAUGCUGGUAAAUAUGUUCCAUAUCUGGCUCAUGUAAUACACACGCAGAGGCAGGCCAACCUUUCGGAUAUUCCUCUGAUAGGGAUUUAUAUAGGAGGACCUUUCUUUGAUCCGCCAACACAAAGCCCUGUCUAUUUUAACUAUCUGUACAGCAUGGGCGCAAUUAGUUAUCAACAAAUGCUACUCUACCAGAAGGAGGUUCAAGAACUAAUAGCCGUAUCCGUCUCCGAGCCAUCAAAACUAAUUUCUUUGAACGCAUUUAUUAGAAAUCUUAUCCCUGAAACUGGAAUCCCUAGUAACGAUAAUUAUGUAACUGGAAGAAUCAUCAACCGACAAAAGUUGUCAAAAAUCAUGUCGUCAGAAUCCGUUCGUGCAGCUCUUCAUGUUCAUGUGCACAACGCUCGGAUUGUGAAUUUGGAACUCAAUGAUCGGUUCGGGCCGGACAUCUUGGUCAGCGCUAAGUCUCAACUCGCCACCCUGAUGGACCACUACAAGGUGCUAGUGUACUCCGGGGAUCAGGACGUGAUCGUCAGCGCCCAGAUGGUGGAGACCGCGCUUCUGAGCACGCCCUGGUCGCUUCAAUGGGAGUAUAAUCAAGCCAGCAAAUUCAUCUGGGGCGCCGGUGGAUCUAGCGACAAAAUGGAGCUUAGGGGAUUCUUCUCUCUGACGGGGCGCUUCUGCCGGGUGACGGUGAAAGGCGCGGGUCACAUGACGGCUGAAGAUAAGCCAGAGGCCACGCUGGACAUGAUGAAACAAUUUGUACAAAAUGGAUGCAUUAGCACUCAAUUCAUUUCAAACAAAACCUAUAAUUUAUGGGAUACUUUGGAGUACUGUAAAGAGGAUGAGUUCUUCUAGAGAUAAGAACAUAAUUUUCUGGACAUCUGACCAGGAAUCCUUGUUGUAUUCACUUGGACAUUUGACCAGGAACAGUUGUUACAUUCACUCGUACAUUUGACCAGGAACAGUUGUUACAUUCACUCUGCCAUUUGACCAGGAACCUUUGUUUAUUAACUCAUUCAAUAAAACAGCUAUAAUAUACAAUCCUAACCAUUUAUUUUUGUAUUGUGAAAAUAAAAAUUAAAUAAAAUGCAUUUCUAUCAGAAA